AGGGAAAUUAGCACAUGCAUUUCCUCUCAUUGUCGCUUUUCUACACAUCCGUUGCCACUUUGUACCUUUGCGCUGCCGUGGCAUUCGUAAUUGCGGUUUAUAACGGCAUAAUACGAGAAUCGACUCGGUUUAUUUACUAUGUGUAAAGGAACGACAUGCAGAUCGCGUUAAGCUUCCGUCGCGCAAUACUUGGAUGUUUGGAAUGUGUGCCAGUAAACCAGUUUAAGAAUUGAGUCACAAGUGCCGGUCGGUUUCUAGACCUUAUUUUGCUUCGUGGAUUAUUUCCGCGGUAAAAUAAAUAAAAAAAAAAAAAAAAAAAAAAAAAAAAAAAAAAAAAAACAUGCAACAGAAAAUGCUUCGUCAUCAGUGAAAGCUAAUUUAAUUUCGAUUCCCAAGUUUUUGUAGUUUUUACUUUUUGACGACUAAUGUAAAUUUGCUCGUUGUAAGCACGGAAGAAUUCAAAUAGCCUCGGUCGGUCUGGAAUAGUAGUGAAUUAUACGAUCUGGUAGAAAAAUAGAAUGAGUGAUUCGCCCGGGAAAAUUCACCUUAUAUUUUGACCUCACUGGAGUUUCGAUCAAUGAUUUCUUGUCCUCCAACUCUACCCAAGACCCCUAAUUUAUUUCCUAUGACGUUGAAUGAUCCUAUUAUGUGUAAUCUCUAAUUCGUGGCUUUUAUCUCUGAAAGCCCACGUGAUGGUGUGUAUUGUUCUUCAGUGAAACGGGAAAAGUAAAAAAAAAAAUAAAUAAAUCAGAUAUUUUGCACUAGCAGAAGGACUUCUAGAAGAGGAGGAGUCAUCAAGGAAUCAUAUUACAACAACCGCGGCAGCCUUUACAAAAGAUGGAGGAGAAGCCGGAGGUUGUGAUCGCUGGAAUGGCUGGCACAUUCCCUGGGUGUGCCACCGUUGAAGACUUGCAGGAGGCAUUGUUUAAAAAGUCACACCUCAUUUCCAAGGACAAAAGCUACUGGGAGGUGUGUUACGAUGAGGAUGAAAUGGACUGGCCGAUGUACACUGGUCACGCACUUUCUCACGAUAAGUUUGACGCAACGUUUUUCAAUAUUCCGUUCAGUUAUCCGAGCGUCAUGGACCCGCUCAUGAAGAAAUGUUUGGAAAUUAGUGUGGAAGCUGUGAUUGACGCAGGUUUCAAUCCGAAACAGUUGGAAGGGACUAACACAGCUGUUUACGUCACUUACGACAAUAGUGAAUCUGAACUCAUCCUAACUUACACAAUUACAGAAAAAGUUCUUAUGGGAAACUGCAGAGCUCUGACGGCAAAUCGACUCUCAUUUGCAAUGAAUCUGCAAGGUCCUAGUUAUUCGUUCCAAGGUGGUUACGGUUCCAUGCUUCACUAUUUCGACCACGCCAAAAGACAGUUGGAGGAAGGCCGGUUGGAUGGCGCCAUAAUAGUCAGCGCUAACAAUAUCAUGUCUCCUCGGUUCUUAGCAAUUUACGAUGGAAUGGGAUUUUCAACAGCUGACGGAAAAUGUCGAGCUUUUGAUGAACACGCUCAAGGAUACGCAGUAAGCGAUUCGUGUGCAGCUUUCUUCAUACAACGUGCCCGAGACGCGAGAAGAAAUUGGGCGACAGUAAUCGGGGCUGAUUUCAGGUUUUUCGGCGACAAGUCGGACGGAAAUUUCAUAUCGUUCCACGAGGAGCCGGUAAAGAAGAUGCUGCGCGAAAAUUAUGAAAAGUGGAAAAUCGACCCUACUACUGUUACAUACAUCGAAGCCGACGGAUGUGGGUUCAAGGAACGAGAGGACAAAGAGAUCGAUAUAAUCGCAGAGACUUUUUGCAAAAACCGGAAAUCUCCUUUGUUAGUCGGAUCGGUGAAGUCAAAUAUGGGACACGCAGAGACGGCAGCUGCUGCAGCGGGAACCGUCAAAGCUGUAAUUGCCCUGAACAAGUCAGAAAUUCCACCCAGUAUUAACGUAGAGACACCAAACUACAAACUAGCAGCCAACAAAAUGAAGGUAGUCACAGAAUCAACACCACUCAAAGGCAAUUUGGUCGGAAUAAAUGCAAUCGGAUUUGCUGGAGGCUUUGGUCAUUUACUUUUACAACAAAAUGUCAAGAGCGCAUCGUCGAAGAAAAUAGAAGAAUCUUUGCCUCAGAUUAUGCUGAUGUCAUCGCGGACGGAAGAGGGAAUCGAGCAAAUUCUUCAGCGUUUGGAAACAACCAACGUGAUCCCUGAGUUUGCCGCCCUGUCAAACGGAGUGUUCCAAGAAAACAUUAAAGGGCACAUGUUUAGGGGAUAUAACUUGAAGCACGCAGAUGGAUCAAUCUCUGAACCUAAAUGGCAGAGAGUAGACGGAGAUAAAGGCCCAAUUUGGUGGGUGUUCUCUGGGAUGGGCUCCCAAUGGAAUGGCAUGGGCGCUCAACUUAUGCACAUUCCUCUGUUUCAUGACGUCAUCGAUAAGUGUGACGAAAUUCUACGCCCACGCGGUGUGGAUAUUAAACAUAUCUUAACAACGGAUGAUGAGACUAUCUUUGAUAACAUCCUCCAUUCUUUUGUCGGCAUCGCUGCCAUUCAGAUUGGACUGGUCGAAAUUCUGAGAGCUUUGGAAAUUGAACCAGAAGGCAUUGUCGGUCAUUCUGUCGGUGAGUUAGGCUGUGCAUACGCAGAUAACUGUUUGACUCUCGAACAAACUAUUUUAGCAGCCCAUGCUCGUGGAAAGGCGUCUCUAGAGGCAACUCUAAUCAAAGGAAUGAUGGCCGCCGUAGGUUUAGGAAACCGUGAUAUAGUUGGAAUGCUUCCAGAGACGAUUGAUGUAGCUUGUCAAAACUCCUCGACAAGCUGUACAAUUUCUGGCCCAACUGAGGACGUGGAGAAAUUCGUCGCUGAGUUGGAGGCCAAGGGCAUAUUCGCCAAAAGUGUGAAUGUUGCAAAUAUCGCCUACCACUCGAGGUAUAUUCAACCGGCCGGUCCAAUUUUACUCAAAUAUCUAAAAGAGGUCAUUCCAAUCAAUACAAAGCGUUCAAGUAAGUGGGUAAGCAGCUCGGUCCCAAAAACUAACUGGUUCACGAAUGCCGCCAAAUUCAACUCACCAGAAUAUCACACGAAUAACCUUUUGAGCCCCGUUCUGUUCGAAGAGGCCAUCACGGUCAUUCCGCAAAAUGCAACGCUCAUUGAAAUCGCUCCUCAUGGUCUGCUGCAAGCCAUUCUCAAGAGGGCUCUUCCAGACACCGUCGCAAAUGUUCCCUUAACGAGACGAACCAAAGGUCCCGACCCUAGUAAUGUGAAGUUCCUGCUUGAUGCUAUUGGCAAGUUGUAUCUCUUGGGUUACUCGCCGAAUGUGUCUGCCCUGUAUCCACCAACCCAGUUUCCAGUGCCGUGUGACACCCCAAGCUUGCAGCCAUUUGUCACUUGGGAACACUCCGAGACUUACAAACUUCCUGAUUACAUGCAAAUCUGUGGUAAAGAGGAGACAAUAGUAUGCGAGAAGACAUUUUCUAUACCGGAAAUCAAAGAAUUACUCAGGAAGCACGAAGAGGAGGACACCCCGAUUCAUCCAAUAUCUUUCCUCUUGGUUGAAGUUUGGAAAUCCUUUGGGGCUAUUCAUAAGAAAAUCUACACGGAAACGCCUGUUGUAUUUGAGAAUAUUCACAUCUGGUCUGGGCUUGACCUGUCAAAGGAAGAUCUUUGCAGCGUCUCUAUUUCGGUCCUUCCGGUUGACGGCGAUUUUGAGAUAGCCCAAGAGUGGAUAGGGCAGGGGAAAAAUGAGGAUGAAGAGAUAAGAAACAUGCUCAUAAGUGGUAGGAUAAAGUUGUGGGAAGACGCAGUAGACAAUCUAAACAAUUCAGAGAGUUUUGAAAAGUCAAACGAUGAUGAGAUAUGCCAAAGUUGGCAAGCUGAUGAUAUCGAGAGGUACUACAAUAACAGUGGGAAAGCAAAAUUGCACCUCAAGUCGACAAAUAUCCAUGAACUGGAACUUUGUAGCAAAGGGCUCAAAGGAAAAAUCUUAUGGAGUGGAGACUGGGUACUGAACUUUGAUACUAUUAUUAAAGCGAAUCUUCUUCAAGGAAUAAAGGACGCAGCUCAACUGGAUGAACCGUCUUCCAUACAGUUCAUUUUCAUUUCUCCUGACCAAACAAAACUUAUCGAGGAAGGAUCCCAGAUUGAAUUUUGUUUGGAUUCGUCGCUGCACACUUUUAAUUGUGCGGGUAUCACGGUGAGAAAUUUCAAAUCGCAGCCCACGAUUGAACUGGCAGGGAAAGAGAUUGUUGACACAGAGCGCUUACAGUUCAUUCCCUACUCUGAGACGUCCUUUUCCCACCAACCAGAAUUUUUGCUCACAUGUCUCCAAAUCAUUUUUGAAAAUGCGGUAUCUUGCCCUUCUUCAAACUCGAACGAAUUUCUGCGAUUGAAUGUAGUUCAGAUGAAACCCGGUCGGACGAUGGACCCAUUGAUCAGCGCUUUAGAGGAGGUCUUACAACUUCCCAAUAACAAUAUUAGAAUUAAGUUGUUGAUUACUGAUCCAGCAAAUUGCGAUCAACUGGAUACUGACGUCUGCUUGUCGGUAUUGACCGAUUCUAAUUCGAUAAUGCAUAUUACCACUAUGAAUGCUAUCGAAGACGUGUAUUUGCUAACAGCACUUCACAAAGAUACUACUCUUAACAGCAUCAUGGACGUCGCAACAGUGUAUAAACAGGAAUAUGUGGUGCUAUUUGAGCAAGUUUUUGGUUCCCAAAGAUUCGGCCUCAUAAAAAAGGUAAAUUCAAGACAAAAAGUGAGAGUCCUUUCAAUAUCUGAGGAAUGGCGUGCAAGCAUAAAUGCUUUAAAACCAUCCGAAAAUACUAAAGAUGAAAUUACUUUGUUAAUAUUCAAUCAUCCUAUUUCAGCAAACCCUCUCUUUUUGCAACAAGAGGUUUUGAGUGCAAUGGGUACUCGCAACGCUAGGUGUUUCCUCUUGAUGGAUGAAAAUGCACCUGCUUUCUCUGUGGAUCUUCCCCUAUACAAUGAGGAAAUAAAACGUGGGAUGAAGGUCAAUAUUUUGUUGAAUGGCCAAUGGGGAAGUUUUCGGAGUCACCCCAUACCCAGCACUUUAGGAACAGAUUUCUCGCGUCUGUUACCUCUAGUCGAUGAUGCAUCGAAGGAGGUGGAUAUCCAUUAUGUAGGGCUAAUUUCGGUAGGGCAAAAGAGAGGCAAUGAGACUGAACACUAUGUAAUGGAUUACUCUGGAGUUAAAAGAUGCAACGGAGAUCAAGUGAUAGGGAUUGCGCACAGCAGCAACCAGACUGAACAAGAAAUUAUCUUGGAUCCAAUAUUUCAUUGGAAGAUACCUCAAUACCUUCCCCUUGAAGACGCUGUUAGCCUACCACAUGCAUACUUAAUGGCUCAUCUCAUAAUCUCGGACUUCAACAAACAUCAACACAAGAAGACAGUUUUCAUACACAAUGGGCAAUCCUCGAUCGGAAUGGCUUGCAUUUCGGUGGCCCUAGAUGUCGGUCAUGAAGUUUAUACUACCGUUCCAUCAACCCAGGAUCGUGAAACCAUCACUCGCACUUUCCAUCAGAUACCAACACACCAUAUCACAAACCACAACGACCCGGAUUUCUACGUCACACUGAUGCUGGAAACGAAAGGGAAAGGCGCUGACGUCAUCGUGAGCGACCUGUCAUGGGAGAAAAUGGUGACUUCAUGGAUGUGUAUCGCUCAGUAUGGUAACUUCAUCAACUUGAACGACGAAGUGGCGGCAGUUAAUUCGCCGCUUCCCAUGCGAGAGUUCCUGAAAUCCGCCAGUUAUCUUAGCUUCUCACUCUCGGAUAUUUUGCGUAUGCCCGAAAACCGUAAAAGGUGUUUGCAUAAGUUGGUCGAUGAAUUCCUGAAGUCGGAACAAGCCAUUGUUUUGCCGCGUCAGAUUGUAGCUGUUGAGGAGCUUCAAUUCCGACCGCAGCUACUCCAAAGUUUAGAGAAUAAAUCCGCAAAAAUUGUGUUGAGCCUGCACAAACAAUCGACUGAUAACAAAAAUAAAGCAACGGAGAGAAGUGACAAGCAUAAAAUAACUCUAUGCGAUCCAGAACAGACAUACAUAGUUUUAAGUUCAAAUGUAGAGAAUGCUGCACGUCUGAUAACUUGGUUGCUUGACCAUAGUGCAAACAAGAUUUGUCUUGCGACAAUGACGCAAUUUUGCAGCUCCAAUGCUGUAAAGCGGAUAAACGAACGCCUCACGAAACAAAAUGCCUCAGUCAUGAUGACGUCAGCCACUCAAGUCCAAUCAUUGUCAGGCGCUAAAAAUUUGAUCGAGAGGGCAUCAAUGAUGGGAAAUAUUGCGGCUGUUUUUACCGUUUCUUUGGAUAUGAAUGUCAAUGCUAUUAGGAAUAUUCAAGAGGCACGAAACUUACUGCAUCAGUCUUGCCCAGUGUUCAAUAUACAAACAGAAAAUAUCGAGUCUUGCCCUGACAAUACGGUUUCAAUCAUAUGUGACAACAGUUUAGACUACACGCAUGUUCUCACUCAUGCUUUCACAAACCCCGCUCGAUCAGCAGUUUAUGUGGUGAAGAAAAAAACAAAAACAAAGAGACGAAAAGAGGAAACUGAUACCAAAGUGGACCAGAUCACGAACUACCUACCAACUUCAAUAAAAGAGUUGACAGAGAUCGGAAAACGAUUAUCCACGUUAGACGCGGAAUGUCCGGAUCAGAUGUGCGCUGUUUUUCUACCCUCCACAUCCCUGGCGCCACGCCGGAAAGGCUACAAGGAAGUCCGCCCUGUUUUCCUCAUCCCCGCAUUUUGCGAGAACCAGCUGAGGCCCCUUAUCUCUAGGUUAAUGUAUCCGUGUUUUGUGGCCCAUGUACACCAUAGAGCGCCAUCGAUAAACCAAAUCGCUUUGAACCUCCUCAAGUCGAUGAUGGAAAUCCAAAAGCGAGGGCCCUUCACAAUAGUUGCCGAGACAUGGAGUGGAGGUAUAGCGAUGUUGCUCUCAACACUUCUCUCGAACGCCGGCCAUGGAGUUUCUGUCUUUUUGCUUCAAGGAGUCCCCGCUAGAUUGCACCCCAUGAUUCCUGAGGAGGAUGCACUCACUGAGUUCCUGAUUACCACCAUGCUCAACAUUAAUAAAACAGAUAACAAACAAGCCUUCAAACAUUUCAGUGAGUCACAAAUACUGGAGAGUGCGCUGAAUUUGUUGUCUCUGAAUGGUAGUAGGUCUUACGCAGCGAGAGCGUUCACAGCCGUUAAGAAAAGUAUGGAAUUUUUACGUGCUUUCACGAAAAUGAGCGUUCAAGUGAAGGAUGUUUUGGUACUCUUUGAGCUCGAGGGAACAUUCCAGUCCAUAACCGGAGAAAUUGAGUCGUUGUCAACGAAGAAACCAGAAGUAAUAAAAUCGAGAAGUAAAAGUUACAAAGAAAUGCUCACCGAUCCUUUAGUUGCAUCAACUAUCUCAGAAGAGGCGCCGUUUUCGUGGGAUUUGUAUUAGUGUCUUGAUUGAGCACCAAGAAUCAAAAUAACCACCAAAAACUAUUUACUUGGCCUGAGCUAAAAGAGCAGAGGUGAAGAACAGAAAGUCCAGAUGGCAGCUUAUUUUUUUAGAAAUCUAAAUGUGGCCAAAUAUGAUGCAGUUUUACUUAUUUUUUUGGCUCAGAACUCGUACACGAUCACUAUGAUUUGAUCAUAUACGCUGUGAUUUUAAACAUAUGGUUUUAUUGAAUUUUCAAAAUUAUUUAUUGUUUGUUGAAUUUGUAUGCCCAGCAAAGUAAAUAUACAAAUCUACAAAA